AUGGAGGCUACUUGGGAAGAUGAAGAGUUACAUAGUAUGUCUGAAGGUAAUGAUGAUGAUGUUAUUGUGAGGAACAGGCGUAUGAGGUUUCAUGCUGAGGAUAUGAGGGAAGAAUUUAACUUUAGAGUAGGUAUGGAAUUUAUUUCAUUGGAAGAGUUUAAGGUUGCUGCUAAGGACCAUUCUGUUCUGACUGGAAGGGAGAUUUAUUUCCCCAAAAAUGACACAACCAGGGUUAGGGCUGCUUGCAAGAAGGAUUGUAAAUGGGUUAUGUUGUGCAGCAAAGUGGGUGGGAAACAAACUUUUGCAAUUAAGACAUUGAGUGGCCCUCAUAGUUGUGUCAGAGUAUUCAACAAUAAGAAUGCUACUUCCAAGUUUGUUGCUAAGAAAUUGGUGGAGAAACUGAGGGGUUCAAGGACAAUGAGGCUCAAUGAUGUUGUUGAUGAGAUGAGGUUGGGUUUUUCCACUGGCAUCACAAGGUAUAGAGCUUGGAAGGGAAGACAACUUGCUUUGCAGGUAGUUGAGGGAGAUGCAAGCAAACAAUACACAUUGCUCUAUAAAUUCAGUGUUGAACUGAGGAGGGUUUGUGCAGGAAAUACAUGCAAAAUGCAGUUGGAGAGUCCUGCUGGAAGCAUACAACCUAGGUUUGGCAGAUUCUAUAUGUGUCUAGAAGGUUGUAAGAGGGGAUUUCUUCAGGGUUGUAGACCCUUUAUUGGAUUAGAUGCCUGUCAUCUAAAGACAAUGUAUGGAGGUAUUCUCUUAUGUGCUGUAGCAAGGGAUCCUAAUGACCAAAACUUUCCCUUGGCUUUUGUUGUAGUGGAGUUAGAGUGCAAGGAAAGCUGGCAGUGGUUCCUUGAUCUGCUACUGCUUGAUAUUGGUCCAGAUAGAAGGUGGAUCUUCAUAUCUAACCAACAGAAGGUAAAGUUUGGAGGUGGGGUUGUAAUUAGAAACCUUAUGAUGGCAGCUGCAAAGGCUACUUAUCGCCAGCAGUGGGAAGAAAAAAUGUUGGAGCUGAGGGAACAAAAUAAUGCAGCAUGGGAGUGGAUGAUGGGAAUACCUACCAGGUCUUGGUGCAAGCAUGACUUCACCUUCUACCCCAAGUGUGAUGUGCUCAUGAACAACUUGUCAGAGUCAUUCAACUCCACAAUUCUAUUGGCAAGGGACAAGCCAAUUCUGACCAUGAUGGACUGGAUCAGAACAUACUUGAUGGGAAGGCAUGUAGUGGCUGCCAUAACAUGUAAAAGGAUGAAAUCAGAGGACUUUGUGCAUCCAUACUAUAAGAGAGCUGCAUAUGAAGCCACAUAUGGGCAUGAGAUCACUCCUAUCAAUGGCCAAAAGUUAUGGCAGCCUACAAAUGACCCUGAGAUACUUCCUCCCAAAAAGAAGAGAGGGCCUGGAAGGCCUAAGAAGCUGAGAAGAAGGGACCCCUUUGAAGAUUUAGGUAGCACAAGACUCAGCAGGACUGUUCCUAAACACAAAUGCAGCAGGUAUGGUCAGCAUGGCCAUAAUUCAAGGAGAUGCCCAAAUCCAGUGGAGAGUCAAGAACCAGAAGCAGGACAAGGAUCUGAACUAGAACAAGUUCCAGUUGCAGCAGGACAAGGAUCUGAGCCAGUUCAAACACAAGAGGAUGCAUCUCAGGUCAUCAAUGCCACACAAGAAGCAAAUAUUCAGUUUGAUGAAAUACCUGCCAUGCUAAGGGAACAAUGGGAUCAAGACAUGGCAAGAUUGCACACUGUUCAUGGAGCAGGGCCAUCUAAUGUUGGUAGUGGAAGUGGAUCUGCUGGUGCUGCUGCUGUUCAAGAGGAGCUAUCUCAAGUUGUUCAAGCACUCCAAUCUCAAGUUUCUAAAUGA